AAAGAAGAAAACUGUUAAUUCAUUGUCUUAUAAGAAAAGACCGAGACACAUUCACAAGUCUAUCUUUUGUUUCUGCAGUUCAACAGAAAAGAGAGAGGGAAAAAAAAUGGCUAACGAGCUUGUUGGUGAUGUUUCUCAUGAUCUGUUUUCACUUCUCUCCACCGAAGACCGAGACUUUCUGAUCCGUAACAAUGGCGAUCAGGUUAAAAUCAGCAGAUUGGUUGGAAAAAUUGUGGGAUUAUAUUUCUCUGGCUCAUGGUGUGGACCAUGUCGCCAUUUUACCCCAAACUUGGUUGAAGUCUACGAGAAGCUCUCAUCAAAAGGAGAUUUUGAAGUAGUUUUCAUUUCUUCUGAUAGGGAUGAAUCAUCUUUCAAUGAUUACUUCUCCAAAAUGCCAUGGCUUGCCAUUCCAUUUUCUGAUGACGGAAUCCGGAAACAGCUCAAGGAGUUGUUUAAAGUAAGAGGGAUUCCUAAUCUUGUCGUUCUUGACACUGAUGGCAAGGUGUCUUGUGAUCAAGGUGUCAAAAUCGUCAGGGACUAUGGCGCAGAUGGGUAUCCGUUUACUGCAGAAAGGGUUGAUUACUUUCGACAGGAAGAAGAGAAUGCUAAGAAGAAUCAGACCUUGAGCUCGAUCUUGGUUUCAAGCUCCCGCGAUUACUUGAUUUCAAAGGAUGGAACGAAGGUUGCUGUGUCUGAGCUUGAAGGGAAAAUGGUGGGUCUGUACUUCUCAGUUUCUUCUCACAGGCUGUGCCUCGAAUUCACUCCCAAACUUGUGGAGAUAUAUAAGAAUCUGAAGGAGAAAGGUGAGAACUUUGAGGUGGUGUUGAUAUCUAUAGACUAUGAUGAGAAGGAAUUCAAACAAAUUCUUGAAACAAUCCCUUGGUUAGCAAUACCAUUUGAGGACAAGAGCCGUGAGAAAUUGGCACGUUACUUUGAGCUAAGAGCUCUUCCUACUCUAGUCAUAAUUGGGCAAGAUGGGAAGACUUUGAACCAAAAUGUAACUGAGCUUAUUCAAGAUCAUGGCAUUGAAGCCUACCCAUUUACACCAGAGAAGCUGGUUGAACUUGCUGAGAUUGAGAAGGCAAGACUUGAAUCACAGACACUAGAGUCUGUUUUGGUUCAUAGGGACAAAGAUUUUGUAAUAGAAAAGAGUGGUAUUAAGGUUGCUGUAUCAGAACUAGUAGGGAAGAAUGUUCUUCUCUAUUUCUCAGCCAAAUGGUGCCCACCCUGUCGAGCUUUUUUACCAAAGCUGAUUGAAGCAUACCAUGAAAUCAAGGCCAAGGACAAUGCAUUUGAGGUAAUAUUCAUUUCAAGUGACCGUGAUCAAUCUUCGUUCGAUGAAUUCUAUGCAGAAAUGCCAUGGUUAGCCCUGCCAUUUGGUGAUGAAAGGAAAUCAAUCCUGCAACGAAAAUUCAAAAUAAAAGGCAUUCCUGCAGCCAUAGCUAUUAGUCCUACAGGGCAGACAAUCACCAGGGAAGCUAGAGAACACAUAGCAGCUUAUGGGGCAGAUGCAUAUCCAUUCACUGAAGAUCAUCUGAAGCAACUGGAAGAAAAGUUGGAGGAAAAGUUGGAGGAAACAGCAAAACGGUGGCCUGAGAAAGUGAAGCAUGAACUUCAUCCUGAGCACGAGCUUGUUCGCACAAACCGCAGUGGAUUUGUGUGCAAUGGAUGUAGGAAGAUGGGGUAUGGGUUGUCUUUCUAUUGUAGGGCAUGCGACUUUGAUCUUCACCCUAAGUGUGCUUUAAAUAAAGAGGAAAAUAGCAAGGCUGGGAAGGAAAAGGAGGGAUGGAUCUGCGAUGGAGAUGUAUGCCGAAAGGCCUGAGAAAUUAAGUAUAUAUGUGAAGUUGCUAUGAAAGCAUAUGUAUGCAUGCGAAUAAAUUCUGGUGUGUUUGUGAAACUUUUAUAUGAAGAUAUGUUAUCUUUAAAUGUCUAUCUAAUGAACUUUCCAGUAUUUCUUUCGUCAAA